UCGGCAAUUUUCUUCCACCCGUAUAAGACGCGUGCCGUUGUCAGGAUGGUCGUCUGCGGCGACGAUAUCGAUCGGCGCAGGCGCAUGAUACGUCUUUACGCCAUAUUUGGUCCUUGUGGGUCAAAGCAUCAAAGAAGGACAAACAUAAGCCACAGGAUGAUUUUUUCAGUUUUUAACUUUUUGGCCUAUUUGGCCGCGUUCCUGCUCCCUGUAGCCAGUGGAUAUGAUCAACUGGACUCCUUCACAGAUACAUUACUACGAGAAGUCAUGAGCAGAAUGGCGAGUCCAGAGGAUGCUCUUGGUGGUAACUUUGAUGAUUAUGGCCUGCCACCUAAAUUUGCUCCUCAGGAUGAGCACGACCUCAAAGAUUUUCCUGGAAGAGCUUUUGAAGCAAGAAGGGAUGCAAUUCUUGGUAGAGAGCCUUCAAUUAGAGACCAGGAGUACUUAGAACAUUCAUCAUUAUUUGGUCACCAAUACAUGCAAGGAGGUGCUGGCGAAGGUCACCAGCGACUGAAACCUGAUGGCAGCAUCAAGAAUGUAGAAGUCGUAAAAUCCGACUCGGGCCUUCCUGCAUAUUGUAAUCCACCAAAUCCUUGUCCCCUCGGAUAUACAGCGGAAGAUGGUUGUCUUGAGGAUUUUGUGAAUACAGCUGCUUUUAGUCGAGAAUAUCAGGCUUCGGAGGAUUGCAUGUGUGAUUCGGAGCAUAUGUUUGAUUGUCCUGGUGCCACUCGAGAAAGUGAAAUUGACGCCUUAGCAAGAUCUUUUGAGAAUGAAGGACUAGCAGAGGCUGCCUUAGACCGCCUCAUUCAAAGCAUGGAGAUUGAGGGGGAGCACAAAAUUGUGGCGAAGAAAUAUUUCACACACCAGCCAACAAAUCCUUUUCUGGAAGGAGAAAAGUUACCAGUCGUGGCAAAGAAAACUCCGAAAUCUUCCGUAAUACAAUAAUAAGGAAUGCGACUAUUAUUGGGUGCAUUAAAUUGUAGAAACGAUCUCAAGGUUUAUUUUACUGCUUUUAUCGUAUUUAUGUAGCAUCUUCCUGUUAAAUAAAUAUAUCUAUGUAUUUGAUAUUUCGCAAAUUAUGCUAUUAUUAUUGUGAAAUUAUUUACGGUGUUUUACAUCUACGUUUGCACAUAUUUUAUCAGGGGGUGAUAAAUCAAUAAAAGUUUUAUGUCGUUU